CGAGUUUAACCACCCUGGUUGAAAACUUGAUAUAGAUACAAACGCUAAAUUGUCCGGUGGUGAUAACUUAUUGAUUAUUUAUUUUUCAAGCAGGUAUCUGAAAGGGAUAUCGCGGAAACAGUAACAUUAGAUGUCUAGCAUGGGUGAUCAGCGUGGGACAAGGGUGUACGUUGGCAAUCUGACCGAUAAAGUGAAAAAAGACGAUCUGGAGGGGGAGUUCACAAAGUACGGCAAGCUGAAUUCGGUAUGGAUAGCAUUCAACCCCCCGGGCUUUGCGUUUGUGGAGUUCGAGCACCGCGACGACGCCGAAAAGGCGUGCGACAUACUGAACGGUUCGGAACUCCUGGGAUCCCAGCUGCGAGUAGAGAUCUCGAAGGGGCGGCCGCGUCAGGGUAGGCGUGGCGGGCCGGCCGAAAGGGGCAGACGCGGCGAUUUCGGCCGGCACAGCAUCACGAGCAGUGGCAGCGGCGGCGGGGGAUUCCGGCAGCGUGGAUCCAGCGGAUCCUCGAGUCGUCACACGGAGAGGGGCUAUAGCUCCGGACGAUCCGGGGCCAGCAGCUACAAUGGACGCGAUGGCGGCGGAAGCGGCUUCAAUCGACGCGAGGUGUACGGCGGCGGACGCGAGAGCAGCCGCUACAGCAGUGGAAGCAGUGCCAGCUAUGGACGCACUGGCGGACAAUCAGCUGGACGCUUCCGGUCUCGCUCGCCGGUUGGAAACCAUCGAUUCUAAUGACAACACCCCUCAUAGUUGCCUAUGAGUAAUGAUUAAUAAAUAAUAACUUAAGUGCGACACCGUAAACGCAGACUCGAAACAUUUAAAAUCGUAGCAUUCGAUCGUUUUCGAUCGGCCAACCAACAACAACAAACAACAACAACAACACCCCACAUCAACAAAACUGAUAGUCGUCGUCGUAUUUUCAUUAUUUAUUUAACGAGUACCCAUUAAUAACAUGACAAUUGCAAGCACAUAAAAUUUAAGUUAUAACGUAGAAAACUAGUAAGAAGAAAUACGCUAAGACUCGAACAACGUCAAACCAAAUUCUAGAAGUACGCAAUUUUAAUAAAGAAAAUGCGGAAAAGUUUCUCGUAUACGUACAAGCUUUCGCAUCAUAAUUGGUCUAAAUAUUAAAGAACUUAAAAGGAAUCGGAAUUGUUUAGGUGUUCAUUUUCUACAGAACUUGUAUAAUCAUCUAAUACCCUUCAAAAUGAAGCUGUGUAAUUAUACCCGGUUCGUUCAGAAGUCUGAAACGGGAUAGAACGCGUUUCAGACACUUCUGGAUGAUCUGUCCGAUUUUCUGGAUCUUGAAGACUAUAGGAGCAAUAACCGGCAGGUGCUUGCAGGCAGACCACCAACAAUAAUUAAGACAUUGACUUUAAAUUUGGUAAGAAAUACUGCAUGAUCUACCUACAUUUUUAACUCAAUCAAACAAAAACUAAUAAAGUGCUGCUCUAGCCAAUGCUUCAAGCGACUAUCUUAAGUUAAGAGUAUCGGGUUUAACAUAUAACGGUUUUUCGGUUCCAGCAUUUUUGAUAUUUUAACAAAUUAACCAGUCAUUAGUCAGUGAAUCUCUUGAAAACACUGAGAUCCAUAAGAAUGCUUUAUGUUAAAAAAAAAAAGCAGAGCAAUAUUCUUUUUGUGAAAAUGUC